AUGUCUAGCGAAACCUUCUACAAGACCCAACAGGACCUUCGCAAGGCCGAAUCCCAUGCUUCUCAUGCCGCCGGUGGAAAUACACCUGCCAAUUCCAAUGUCUCUGCUAUGAAGGUAACACCAAACCUCCUGAUCCAAUUUGGGGACACAGCUGCUAACUCUACGAAUCAGUCCAUCGUUGAUGAGCACACAGACAAGGCGAAGGCCAUCGAAGAACGCAAGGCCAACCUGCCUUUGCCUGACCAGCCUCCCGUGGCCAGCGACUGGCAGUCUGCAGACCAGAGAGCUGUCAACGUCGGCUCCGGCGGCGUACAAGGAUCCGUUUCUGGCGAGAGUAACACCGCUCUAAGGGAUCCCGCUACUGCAGGAAGCAGCGCACGGAUGUCAGGAGAGGAAUUGCACAAGGAAACUCAGCCCACAGGCAACGUUGGUCGCCAAGCCACAGAAGGACUUUCGGAUAUCCCGGGGGAUGCUAAAGCUCGAAAAUAA